CAGAAGCAACGCCUGAGACCCAGAGCUACAGCAGCAAGCACUCGCCAGGGCCCCAGACUGCAGGGGGAAAUUUUCCGGCUGUUGCAGCUGCGAGGAUCCGCUUGCCAUGCAGGGAGGAGAAGCUGAAGGGGCAAUGCCAGCCGGGGCCACUCUGCAGGUCCCGGUGACGUUUGAGGACGUUGCCAUCUAUUUCUCCCGGGAGGAGUGGGAGAUGCUGGCAGAGUGGCAGAAGGAGCUGUACCGGGACGUGAUGAAGGAACAUUAUGACAAUCUGAUUUCCCUGGGCCAUGCAGGCACCAAGCCUGACGUUUUAUCCUGGAUCGAACAAGGGGGAGAGCCGUGGGUCGUGGAUCAGAAGGAGGAAAGAGAGAGGCUGGAAUGCAGCUCGCUUGAGGGUGCAGGCCUGAGCAGAACUGAGGAGCAGCAGCAGGAGGAAGGGCCUGAGAACUUGGAGCCACAGGGGACUUUACCGAGUAGGUCGGAAGAGAGAGUUUUCCAGAGUCCUGAGCAGGAAGAAACUUGCCAGAGGCAGCGCAGGUCGCUGAGGCUGCAGCGGAUCUCACCGAGGAAUGAGCCAGAUGCCCCAAGGGACUGUGAAAGGGGUGGCCAGGAACCUCCGAGGCUCCCUGCGCAGGAGAGACCGAAGACGAGCCAGAGCCCACCUACGUGUGAACUCAGCUUUGAGGGAGAGAGAGACCUUAGCACAGACAAGUGCAGUGUCCACAAGAUAAAGGAUCCACACCAGUGCCAAGUGUGUGGGAAGUGCUUCCGGCUACGGCAGGACCUCAGGAGGCACCAGAGGAUCCACACGGGGGAGAAGCCCUACCUCUGCCUUUACUGUGGGAAGAGGUUCAGCCAGACUGCCAAUCUCUGCACCCACAAGAAGAUGCACAGAGGGGAGCGGCCGUACCCCUGCACCACCUGUGGCAAGAGCUUCCGGCAGAAGCAGCAGCUGUUGUCACACAGCCGGAUCCACACGGGAGAGCGGCCCUACCCCUGCACGCAGUGCGCCAAGAGCUUCCGCUGUAAGCAGGGGCUCAGGGUCCACCAGAAAACCCACGUGGGAGAGGGAGGCUCUGAGGGGAGCCAGGCCAAAGGGCGGGUCUUCACCUGCCCCAAGUGCAAGGCUGUCUUCACUCACAGGCACGACUUCCUAGCGCACCGGCGAGUGCACGCCACCAGCGAGCAGCCCUACCAGUGUGCCGACUGCGGGAGGCGCUUCAGACAGCGGCAGCAGCUGAUUCCGCACCGCCGGAUCCACACCGGGGAGCGACCCUACAGCUGCCCUCUCUGUGGGAAGAGCUUCCGGCGCAUGCAGGAGCUGACCACGCACCAGAGAAUCCACACGGACGAGAGGCCCUUCCGCUGCCCCGAGUGCCCGCGCAGCUUCAGGGAGAAGCAGAAGCUGAAGAGACACCAGAGAAUCCACACAGAUGAGAGGCCCUAUGCCUGCCCAGAGUGCGAGAAAUGCUUCCGGCAGAAGCAGCAGAUGGUGUCCCACCUCCGGAUCCACACGGACGAGCGGCCCUAUGCCUGCUCGGAGUGCGGGAAAUGCUUCCGGCGGAAAGACUCCCUCACCAAACACCAGAGAACCCACCAAAGGGCCCAGACAUAGGGCUUGUCUACACUACCACUUAAGUCAAUGUAACGUACAUCGCUCGGGGAUGUGAAAAAGUCCCGCCCUCCUCCCUCCCGAGCAACGCAAGUUACAUCGACUUAAAGCACCG